CUCUCAUCGCAAUUUCAUCCUUAGCCGUUUACUCAACGCCGAAUUUUAUACGAACUACUGUCGCGACCAGCAAUAUUUUUGGUUGCCAUCAUCAGAUCCACUGGUUCCAAGGAAACGCCACGUGCAGGACGAUACUCACGCGACUCCUCACGCUAGAACUCGGCGCGACAGAAGCCUCCAAAGGCCCACACCCAGCUUGCUGCUACAAUUGGGUCCGCACGCGUUCUUCGGUAAAUAAAGCAGGGACAGUCUUUUGGAGGAUCGAGUAAUACCCGUGUGGGCCAGGCAACAGUGCCACUGUCCAGUCUUUUCCCCUGCGUAUUACUUUAGCCCCUCGGAUGCCGUAGAAAGCCAGCUGUUGGGUGGCCUGCACAACUUGUCAUUGGAAUAACACCUAUCCUACCACGUGCUGUAGAUAUUCAGAGAUCCUUUGCCAUAUCACAUGCCCAUCAUGACUGAAGAACCGCGACGCUCUGGACGCUCUACGAAAGGCCAACACAAAAACCUGGAUAUGGUUACCGAGACACCUGCGAAGAAAUCGAAAGCGAAAGCUCAAUCGAAGGAUAAACUUGAAAAGCCCCGAAACCCUCCUGAAGAAGAAGAAAUCAUUCGAUGUAUUUGCGGAGAAUAUGAAGAGGAGGAAGACAUUGAACGAGAUAUGAUCUGCUGUGACCAGUGCUCUGCCUGGCAACACAAUGACUGCAUGGGCCUCACAUUUGCGAAAGGCGAGGAGCCCGACGAAUACUUCUGUGAACUAUGCCGACCUGAGAAUCAUAAAGUUCUCUUGGACAAGAUUGCGCGUGGUGAGAAGCCUUGGGAGGAAGCAGCCGAGAAGAGACGCCAGCAGGCAGAAGAAAAGAAGGCCUCACGUCGCAAGAAAGGCAGGAAAGGGGGUAGAAAGGGCCGGCCAAGCGAGCCCAAACCGGAUACAGGCACCCCAGCCCGCAAUAAAGCGGCUUCUGCCACGCCCGCUCAGACUCCUGUUCCACUGGCCCCUCCGCCCGUUGUGACCCCCGUCCCGGAGAAGAACGGUGACAUUCCAGAUGCCCGCCCAGCGAGCACUCAGAAGAGGAAAUUCGAGGUACAUCAAGAGGCUGCGACCUCCGAUACGCAGGGACCAAAACCCAAGCAAAUAAAGAUGGCCUCACCAGCUGAUUCAGUGACUCCUCUCAACGACAAGCCUGCUCCGGCGAAGGAAGAUUCGAAUGCUCCUCCAUCGCGCCAAAGCUCCGUUUCUGAAAAAACUGCGACGCAGGAACCGGGGACUUUGGACGAAACUUCAAACCCAGCAAGAAGAAGUGCUGCCAGUGCUCUAGUCAAGUUAUUUGUAGAUCAAAUUUCUGAUGCACAGAAGCAAGGGUCUUUCAAAUUACCUGAGGGAAGAUCGGCGAAAGAGAUAGCGCAGCAGCUCGGUUUUUCAAUCGAGAAGGCUAUGUAUCAGAAUAUUUGCGGAGGAUCUGGAGAACCCACUGAACCAUAUAAAUUACAACUGCGGACGAUCUUGUUCAACGUAAAGAAGAAUCCUUCUCUACGGGAUCGCCUGCUCGUAGGUAGUUUGCUUCCAGAUGCGCUCUCUAAGAUGAGCAGUCAGGAUAUGGCAAGUGAGGAGCUUCAGCAGAAGGAUGCCGAAAUCAAGCGCGAGGCGGAGAGGCAGCACAUCAUCGUGGAGGAGCAAGGUCCGCGAAUAAGGCGAACCCAUAAAGGCGAAGAGCUCAUUGAAGAUGAGAAUCAAACCGUCGCCAGCGAGCCAGUGUUUUCGGUAGCGCCGACCCGCCGAAGCGUGGCUGAUGUUGACGCAAGCCCUUCAGAUCAAAGUCCAGCGAGUCCCCAGGCUCAUCAGCAGCCGGAUGACAGUGCGCCAAGGACUGCCAAACCGCUACCUAUCGACACCAAAGUGACGGACACCAAGGCCCGAGAUGGGCCUAGGGUGCAUUCUCCUGGCGCCGCUGAUCAUGACCAAGUCUUUCCAGAGGUCUCAACUCACAUACGUGAGAUGUUGCCGACUGGCAAGGCCCAGGCUGAUGCAGAGAUUGACAAGUUGUUGAAAGACGUCGAACCUGAAUCGCCUCCCUAUUCCCCGAAAGACUUUAACGACGAGGGGAUUAUCUGGCGUGGGAAGGUUGUCAUGAACCCGGUGGCUGAUUUCUCAUCUUCAGCGAAGCAUGUUGGAGGAGCUGAGCUAAGUGACAGGAUACCGUGGAGUCAGCUUGCGCCGUCGACCUUGGUGGUCGAUGGGCGAAUCGACAUUCAGCUGGCGAGCAAUUAUCUCUGUGGUUUGCGUUUCAGUUCCUCGACGGACGUUUCAGUCAUCUCCAUCAAUCAAAAAGGGUUCGACAAGCUCUUCAAUUAUUUCCAAGACCGGAAGCGAUACGGUGUUGUCGGAAAACAUCCGUUGCCAGCCGUCAAGGAUACCUACGUUAUUCCCAUCGAAGCUGGAUCAACGAAGAAGCCCGAAUUUAUUGAGCUUUUGGAAAACAAUACACUUGAAGGCCCUACUCCAGAGCGAGUACUGUUGGUGGUCUUCGCAGUCAAAACCGGCGAAUCGAAUCCUCCUUCAGUACAGCCCUCGUCACACCAUCCAAGUCAGGAGCCUGCGUCUUUUGCAAGCCCUGUCACCGUCGCAGCCACACCCCAGCAACAGCAGUUUCUGACACCUGGACCGAGGCAGAUGUCGCAGACGUCUCCCACUCCGCCAUCCGCUAUCUCGGGCAUAAUUCCGACCCUCAAUUCCUAUGCUUCCCAGCCUCAACAAUCCCUGCAAUCGCAGCAGCCGCAGUCGCAGCUGGGGCCAACUCAACCGGCUUCUCAGCCCCAGGGGUAUCAACCUCCAGAGCCACAUAGUCAGGUGCCUGUCACCGGUAUGACCGCCGCAGUGCAGGUGCUUGGUGCUCAGGCAAAUGCUCCUGCAAUUCAGCAACUCCUCCAGCAGGCUCCCAAUGCUGAUGUCUCCCAACUGGGUGUUGUCCAUGACAUUAUCUUACGACAGCCAGAGGCCGCCUCAAAUUACGAGAUGUUAAUGCAGGCGCUAUAUCAAGCUACCACGAAUGGGCAUGGUCCACAGCAAAACGCCAGCUAGAUCCAGGCCAUUAUAUAACAGAUGUUGGUCUUUCAUUUUAAUGUCUUUGUGUGAAUAUGCUCCUCUUUUUGGCGGGUUGACGGUAAAAGUUACUGGAUGGUAAAGAAUAUCCUUAGGUUGCGGUCGGGUUUGCCUUGGUUCUCUUGUGGAUGGAUUAUGCAAUUUGAUAUCCUCGGAUCUCUUUUGUUUUACAUGGAGUUUAUUGCAGUUUUGUGUUUCAGCUCCAGUCCAAACAAUCUUUAAUCUUCUUUCGGUGUUAUCAAUUUCAGUUUUGUUCCAGACCUGCUCAGACGCAGUGGAUAAAGACCAGAGGUAGUCUUCAAGUAGUAUUUAUGUCAAUAUAAACCAG